AUGGAGAACGAGAAGGGCGAAAUCGUCGAUCUCUACGUCCCCCGCAAAUGCAGCGCGACCAACCGCAUCAUCCGGGCCAAGGACCACGCCUCCGUCCAGAUCAGCGUCGGCAAGGUCGACGAGAACGGCCGGUACACGGGCGAGAACCAUGUGUAUGCGUUCAGCGGGUUCGUGCGCUCGCGCGCCGAGAGCGACGACUCCCUCAACCGACUGGCCCAGAAGGAUGGCUUCCUCAAGAACGUCUGGAGCGCCCAGGCCACGAGAUAA